UGCGAUGCCUUCCUUCCGAGCGCAACGUUUCCCAUGGACGAUCUGUUGGCAAUAGAGCAGAAGGUCGACGAGCUCUCACUCCAGCUGGAGAUAGAGGGCGGGAAGGUUGAGGAGUACGAGACCAAGAUGGCGUCAUACGCGGAGAAGAUCAAGAAGCUGACGGAGAGAAUUGAGGGGAUGGAGGAUAGCCCUCACGGCUACGACGGCGGAGACUUUGAGGAAGUGAGAGUGGAGAUUAAACAAGUGGAGGCUCUGGUGGGAGAGCUGCAACUCUCCAUCAACACCACCGGCGUUAGUCUGGAGUCCAUUCGGGCUCAGGUUACAGCGAUGGUUCAGACUCUCACCAGGCUGGAGAAAACCUUCGACAAGAAUUUGGUUCUGCAGACCCGUCGAGAGUUUGUCAAGCUCCAGGUGGAACUGGAGGAGUGUGAGAACCGCUAUCAGGAGAUCUUAAACCCUAACAUAGGAUCCUGCGCGCAUUCAGGCAUCAUCCGGGUCAGCAAGCCAGUCCUCAGCCACAUCAACGCCUUGCACAACAGCGGGAACUUUUACGGCGCCUGGGGCAAGGACUCCAAGCCGAUCCCAGACCGAGAGACCAUGUACUGGCACACGGCACGAACAUUUGAUGACAUGGUUCAGAUCAGGUUCUACACCAACUACAAGAAUCUCAUCACGUCCAAACACUUUAGCUAUCACACCUUUGGUAGUGGUUGGGAGGGAUUGGGCAACAACGCGGUUCUGCGAGACAACACCCUGUACUACCACCGACACACAUUCGGGUUGACCAAGUACAAUUUCAGCUCUCAGGCCUACGACUAUCGGGCGGUGACUGGGGCGAGCCCCAGCUUCUCUUACACUUCCUCGCAAUAUCAGCAGUUUGACUUUGCCGCGGAUGAAACCGGCCUCUACGUGACCUACGCCACGGACAACGGACACAUGGCAAUAGCCAAGAUUAACGAAGUUUCAUUUGGUAUCGAAGAAGUCAUCAAGACAAGCGUCUUCAAGCCAGCUGUGACCAACGCCUUCAUGGUGUGUGGAGUCCUCUACACCGUCCGGACGGUGGACACUCGCCAUGAAGAAAUAUUCUACAAGUUUGACACCAGAACCAAACAGGGCAGCUACAUGAGCGUGCUCUUUGAGCGCUUCCUGGACAGGUAUACCUACCUGGACUACAACCCAACAGACCAGAAGCUCUACAUGUUCAACCAAGGCUACAUGGUUCAGUACCACCUGUGGUUUAACCAAACCACCGAAGCCACUGUGGAGCCUCCACUUCAGGACUUAGUCACUGAAUCUAUGUAA